AUGGACUCUGCAUCAACUGAAUCGUGUCCUAUGAAAGGGGGAGAUGGCCUGUAUAGUUACACCCAGAAUUCCCUGUUUCAGAGAGAAGGAGUUGAGAAUGCCUUACUUUUGAUUAAUGAGGCAAUUGCUGAGAAGCUUCAUUUAGAGCAAAUCAUUUCUUCUUCUCCUUCAAAAGCUUUCACUGUUGCGGAUUUGGGAUGUUCUGUUGGGCCUAAUUCUGUCAUCGCUGUGCAGAACAUUAUAGAAUCUGUAAAAUUAAAGUACCAAUCUUAUGGCAGCCAUAAUCAAAACGAUCUGGAAUUUCAAGCACUUUUCAAUGACCUUGUCUCAAAUGAUUUCAACACCCUUUUUAAGUUUCUUCCAUCAGACAGGCAAUACUUUGCAGCUGGUGUACCAGGCUGUUUCCAAGGUCGCUUGUUUCCCAAGUCCUCUCUUCAUUUUGUCCACUCAUCUUAUGCACUUCAUUGGCUCCUGAGCACACCAAAGGAAUUGAUGGAUAAGAACUCUCCUGCCUUUAAUAAAGGGCGGAUUUAUUAUAAUAAUUCCGCUAAAGAAGUAGGUGAGGCGUACUCAGCUCAAUUUGCCAAAGAUAUGGAGUCCUUUCUAGCUGCUAGGGCAGAAGAGCUGGUUGAUGGUGGACUCAUGGCUCUUGUCCUAGUAUGUCUGCCUGAUGAUGUUCCUCCUUCACAGUCUACUGCUUCUGGAAUUACUGAUCUUUUGGAAGCUGCCUUGUUGGAUAUGGCUAAAGAGGGGCUUGUCAGUGAAGAUAAAGUGGACUCCUUCAACUUGCCAAGGUACAACCCAACUCCACGGGAAUUAGAGGGCUUGAUCAAGAUAAAUGCUUGUUUUAGCAUUGAAAGGAUGGAGCGAAUAUUUCCAUCUAAAACUAAACUUGCAAUGGCUUCUGAUAAUGGGGUAGUGAUCUCACAUUUAAGAGCUAUUUGGGAAGGAAUUUUAAAGGAGCACUUUGGAGCUGAAAUCAUCGAUGAGCUCUUUGGUCGGUUACUGAGGAAACUUGAGGAGUCUUCCCCCUUCACCCAGAGGUUAAAACAUGAGCAUAUGAUUGAAUUGUUUGUUCUUCUCAAGCGAAAUAUGUCUUGA